GCUAAUCCAUGAAAUCAUUUUCAGAGAUAUACUUUUACAUCAAUUGGCAAUAGCAAUGAAGUUCAAUAAUCUGAAGCUCACAGCCGUCUCAAAUCGGCAUCAUUAGCUACGUACAAAUCCGCAUCCCUGGUGAAAAUCUCACUCUACGUAAACUGCAGCAGCUGAUUGCGGAAAAUUGCGAGCUACUUGUCGAGAUUCAGAUGGCGAUGGACGAAACAGGGAGCUGCGGAAGCAGAGGAAAGGAUCAGAAACCGCCGUCGGCGAAUAACCGCUUACAGCAGAAGAAAACGGAGGUUUACAAUGAGGUUUUGCAACGGCUUAAGGAAAUCGGACGUUCCGAAGCUCAGGAAAUGGAUUUCGAUCAUCAGCUUUGGGCGCAUUUCAAUCGCCUGCCGCACAGGUAUGGGAUGGAUGUGAGCUUGGAGAGGGCGGUUGAUGUUCUCACGCACAAAAGGCUGCUGCAUCUGGCGCGUGAUCCUGCUAAUAGGCCGUCUUUUGAUGUUCGUCUAGUGCAGGUAAUACCUGCCUCAGAUGGAAGUUUAGGAGAUGCAGCACAUUCAAGUUCUCCGAGAAAGGGAAGCAUCCAUCCACCACCUGCCUUUGGAUCUUCUCUUAAUCUUGAGGAACUUGCGCUUCAAGCGUGCGAAUCAGAAAUAGAAGAUGCUGAUAUUGGCGCAGAUGCCAAUACAAAGUUAAGAAGGCCCAUGCAUGAGAUUACUUUCUCAACAAUUGACAGGCCGAAGCUCCUUAGUCAGCUGACUUCUUUAUUAGCAAAAGUUGGGCUCAACAUUCAAGAAGCACACGCCUUUUCAACUGUAGAUGGUUAUUCUCUUGAUGUUUUUGUUGUUGAUGGUUGGCCAUUUGAGGAGGUUGAUCAACUUCGGGCUGCACUUGAAAAAGAAGUUCUAAAAACUGAGAAAAGUUCAUGGCCUCAUCUAGAGUCUUUGCCUCUUCUCAAUGAACAUCAACAGAUAAGGGUCAAAUGUGAAUAUGAUCAACUGACAGUACCCAGUGAUGAUACUGAUGACUGGGAAAUCGAUCCUCAACUACUGAAAUUUGAGUCCAAAAUAGCUUCAGGAUCAUAUGGUGAUUUAUACCGAGGUACUUACCGUAGUCAGGAUGUCGCAAUAAAGAUACUCAAGGCUGAGCGCUUGAAUACAGAACUCCAGAAGGAAUUUGCUCAAGAAGUGUAUAUACUGAGAAAAAUUCGUCACAAAAAUGUGGUUCAAUUUAUAGGGGCAUGCACCAGGCCUCCACACUUGUGCAUCGUUACAGAAUUCAUGUCUGGAGGGAGUGUUUACGAGUUUUUACACAAGCAAAGUGAUAGUUUCAAGCUUCCAGGAUUACUUAAAGUUGCUAUUAAUGUUUCAAAGGGAAUGAACUUUUUGCAUCAGAACAACAUAAUUCACAGGGACUUGAAGAGUGCAAACCUUUUGAUGGACGAAAACAAAGUGGUUAAAGUGGGCGAUUUUGGAGUGGCAAGAGUGAAGGCGCAAACAGGUGUGAUGACUGCUGAAACCGGGACAUAUCGGUGGAUGGCCCCUGAGGUGAUCGAGCAUAAGUCGUAUGAUCACAAAGCCGAUGUGUUCAGUUUUGGGGUGGUAGUGUGGGAACUACUCACAGGAAAACUUCCGUACGAGUAUCUCACACCUUUACAAGCAGCUGUUGCUGUUGUCCAAAGGGGUCUCCGGCCAACUAUUCCGACACACACAAAUGCAAAGCUUGCUGAGCUACUUGAGAGAUGCUGGCAGAGAGAUCCAGCUUUAAGACCUGACUUCUCUGAUAUAACUCAAAUCUUGCACAAAAUUAUAAGAGAGGUUGGAGGGGAUCGGGGCGGGCGAAAGGAGAAGGGACCUGGAUUCUUUUCUGCCCUGAGACGUGGCCAUCGCUAGCGGAUAAAUUUAAUUUGUAACUUAAUACUCCCUCUGUUCUAACUUAAGGAGUCUCACUUUGAUUUAGCAUUGGUUUUAAGGAAUGUGUAUAAGUGAAAUAGUAUAAUUUUUUAAUGGAAUGUGAGUAGAAUGAGUUGUAGAAUAUAAGAUUUAUCUAUCGAAAAUAGUAAAAGCAAAUUGAGACUUUUAAGUUA